GCCACGUAUCGUAGGUUGCUUCGACUCCCUAAUCCACGAGAUCCUCGUCAGCUCAGGGUCCAGCAAAAAUUGGCUUGAAUAACAACAUCAGACGACAGACACCAAUUCUGUGGGCCACAAGAUGUUCCCUGCAGAGCUAUACGAAGCCUUUAUUGAUCAACUGGAUGGAGAGAAACAUGCGCUGGCUAUGUGUGCGCUCACCCACCGCUCUCUACUGGAUGUAUCACAACAACGGUUGUUCGCGGAUAUACGCCUCAACUUCGACUCGCACGCCACCGAAACUGGGUCUCGCAUAACUCAGCUCCUCGCUGCAUUAGACACAUCUCCUCGCCUUGGUUCCUAUGUUCGGCGAUUCACCAUCAGUUGCGAAGCUGACGGGGAAGCGCAUCUCCACUGCGCGAGCCUCCUUCCCCCGCUGCUGGACCAUCUAUCCGCUCUCCGGUGUUACAGCAGCCGAAGGGUGUUCAAUAGCGCUGGGGAUCCCGUUGAACGCGCUGUCGAGCGCGUGUUGCAGCUACCGACUCUCGAGGAGGUUUGCUUACGCCUGACAUUCGAUUUCCCCUUUCACCUCAUUCGCUCUCCCUCUGUGCGACACCUCGCGCUCACCGACGCGGGAGAGACCGGAAUCACUGCUCUUCGGGAGACAGAGCAGCCGCCACUCAAGCUGCUUACCCUGAAGCUAUGCGCAUCAACGGAGAUAGCGCAGGCCCGCGCAGCUGAGUGGUUGAAUAGCGCCCAAGUCGAUCUGAGCGAUCUUCGUGCAUUCAUGCUCGAUCCGGGAUGGCUGAGUCCUUCGUCCGCACGGCGCUUCCUCAGUACGUUCGCGGGAACACUGCAGCUGCUUGCCUUGAUUCCUCACAAUACAAAUUCGGAAGUCACGCACGAUUUCCUGCGCAUCAUGGCUCAGCCGUCGUUGUGCUGGCCAUCAUUGCGCACGCUGGUCUUGUAUGCGACCAAGGGAUCUGACUUCGGCCUUCGCAUUCAUCCCCUCGACAAGGAGCUGAUGCGGUCCCUCGACGCUGCCCUGGCGGAGCGGAAGGAUAUGUAUCCCGCCUUGCAGGAUGUGAUCAUACGCUCACACGCGGACUUGGUGGAGACCCCGCUGUACACCCUCAAAUCCAAGACCACGGACGGGGAAGAAUGGUGGAGACUUCGCGACCCGGUCAACCUAUGGAUGGCGCACUCCGUCGUGGAACGCAUACUGAACGCACACAGAGAAUUCGUAGCUUGCUUCCCGAAAUGUGCGGAGGCUGGUCUACUGCGCGACACCCCUUCGACAAACGUAGUCGCAUAGGAUGUAUGUUGUGCGUUGAGUGCCAGAAAAGGACGUUGAAC